AUGAAUGAUAAAAGGAGUGAAUCAUCACUACAGUUCAAGAGUAUUAUAAAUAGUUAUUAUCUUCGAACAAAGAUAUUCAAUCAUGUCAACCAUAUUCAUCAAGCAAUAGUUGAUAGAUAUUUCAUUGGACGUGAAUAUCAAAAAGAAUGUAUAUUGAUAGUAAAGAUACCUCAAGUGAUAUCAUUACAAGAGUUUAUCAGAAUCAAUAGAACUGACUUGUUUAUCGAUCAUUUCGAUAGAGUAUAUGAUACAAUCAAGCAUUGUUGUAAAGAUGAUAAUGGUGUUGUCAAAUUGGAUAAUGAUAUUGUAUUUAAAGAUUUAUUGGACGUGAUAUUCCAAAAUAAUGAUUCGGUUGCAUUGGAUUUCAUGUUGAAUAGAUUCAAGUUUCAACAAACCAUUAGACGGUCUAUUGACCCUCGUCGACCAGUAUCAAUAGAGGUGUAUAAAGUAUUGAAGCGAUACAAUUACAUCAAUGUCACCGACAAUGAUAUCAACCAUGCCGAUUCAUUAAGAUACAUAAAAAGUCUGUUGUGUUGUAUGAUCGAUUCUGGUGACAUAUCAAUGUUUGAUCAGUUUUGUACGGAUUGUCUCAAUACAAUACCAACCCUUGGUUCCAAGAACAUAAUCUCAGUUUACAGUGGUAUACGUGCCUAUGAUGAUGUAUUUAUAGAUAUCAUCAACAAACUAAACAACAACAAUAUGUCCCACAAUAAUAAUAAUAAUAAUAAUAAUAAUAGAAUAGAUUUAAGAGAAUCAUUAUUUGUUGGUGCUCUGAGAUGUUCAAAUAAUCAAGAGAUAUUAAAAUGGAUAAAGGAUAGUUUUGAUAGAUUUGAUAUGUUUGUCGACUUCUAUCACCAAUCAAAUAGAUGGAUAGAGAGAUUUGCAUCAAUGGAUACUCUAAAGUUGAUUGAUUACCGAGAACCAACAAAAUACACAUCCUCUAACUGCCUAUCUACAGGGGCAUCAUCUGUUGGUAAUUUAGAUUACCUCAGAUAUAUGGUGACCCAAAAUCACCAAUAUAUAUUUCAAGAGCCACAUCUCAGCAGGUCAUUGGAAAAAGGACACUUGGAAUGUACCAAUUUUAUAAUUGAUGCUAUCUCUCAAUAUGCAAACCCUGACCAAUUCACUCCAUGUGGCUCCAUCAAUCCGACUAUCGUGUCAUUAGAUCUCGUUCAACGGCUAUUGGUCAAUCACCCACACAUCGCUAUCAACCCUAUGUUACUGAUAGGUUCAUCAAUCAGCCAACCAAUCGUUUUAGAGUACCUCCUUUCACACGGUUCAUAUUCCUUUAAUAAUAUUGAACCCUCUCUCUUGCUCCAAGACCCAAAAUCCACCCAACUGUUACUCAAUCAACCCCGUCUCGACCAACCCACCAAGUUUCGAGUAUCUGCAACCCAAAUACCUAUGGUCCAAAAAAGACCACUAGAGUUGUUGUAUUUGCAAGGUCACUCACUUGUAAUAGUGGAUGAAGAACGACCACUCAGUUGGGAUGGGAAUCCAGUCGAUCUAGAUGUUCUCCAAUUGAUUAUCAAACACCAAUCAAUCGAGAGUAUUCCACCAUGGGUUAUAAUGACAAGAUAUGGUCAAUACGAUGACCAUAUCGAGUUGUUAAAGGAUGCUCUAGAAUUGAACAAAAACAACCCAUAUAUCAUGGGGAUGCCUCUUUCUAUGGUAUUCACUGAUGCAUGUAAGAAUGGAUUGAUCAAAGUUGUAGAAUGUUUUGGACUUCGAUUCAUUUGGGUAUUUGGGUCUAGAGGAUUUGGAAUAGCUCUUGAAAACAAUCAAAUUCAAGUUGCAAAGUAUUUGGGUCAAGAACUAGCCAGAUUCUUUUCACCAGUUAUCGAUACCCAAGAAUCAAUGUGGAGUGUAAUGCUUGAUGCAUUAAACAGAGUAGAGGAUGACCAAGUAUUCGAAUAUUUUUGGAGUCUUUUCAAACCGUUGACAACCAAUUCUGAAAUUGUCUCUCGUACUAUUGGACAAAAUCGUUCAAACAACCGACAUUUAACAACUAAUAGAGUAGAUAGAAUGAUUAAACAUUAUGGUCAAUAUUAUAAUGGCUGUGAAAGAGAUGAGUAUCAAAUGAAACCAUUGACAUUAUCAAAUGAAUAUAAAACAGUAGUAAUCAAUCACAUCAUCACAAAAUAUCAAAAUGAUGUAUCGGUCAAUCAAUUUAUCGAUAUUAAAUCAUUUGAUUAUUCAAGGUAUUAUAAUCAUAAUUUAACAUUAUAUUUAUUUUAUGACAAAGUUCCAAAGCUUGAAAUUACUCCAGAGGAAGUUGAUAAAUUUGGAACCGUCAAAGAUAUAUCUAUGGGUAAAAAUCAUUUUUGUCGUUUCGCUCUCGAUACAUCAACCUUCCCUGUCGAGGGCAAAAAGAAAGAGCUUCACAACAACCGUUUCAAAGAGUUUGGAUGUUUUGAAUCAAGAUGGAGAAAUGGUUCUAGAAAACAUAUGAAAGCAUUUCAUCUUUGUUCUCAUGUGAUUAACGAAGAAAUAAAGGUAUUUGGAAUUUAA